CAAGUCAACCAUGUUAACAGCCUCACAUCAAGCUGACGGGGUAUGACGGACAUCUGCUCUGGUUUGACUAUUUUAUCCAUUGAGGCAGAACUCACCGUUGAUGAGAAGAAGCUAGUUUACCUCCGUGCGCGCUCCGCCGGACUGACGUUUUGCGGGUGCGCGCACGCAGUUUUUGUAUGCGAGUUGGUGCACUCAUUAAAAUGCAUCAUAAAAAGGAGGACUGCUGCCAACGACUUAUAUGCAUCAAAAAGGCUUGAUGAACUCUCUGUGGGGAUACUUGGUCUAGGUACCCUGGGGAAACAGCUGCUACUCUGCCUCCUUAAAAAGACCACCAUCAGACCCAAACAGAUUAAGAUCUCCACGAGAAACCCAGCAAAGGAGUGUGUCCCACCAGGAGUCGAGUGCUUCUUCGACAAUCGCUGUCUGGCAGCCUGGGCGGAUGUUUUGUUCCUCUGCUGUUUGCCUUCUCACUUUGACAGAAUCUGUGCUGAUCUCCAUUCUCAUCUGCAAAAGCACUGCCUUGUCUACAGUUUCAUCACAGCUGUGCCUGUCAACCGUCUAGCUGAACGUCUCAACCACAGUUUUAUUCUGAAACCACAGUAUCAGGUGGAACCGUGCGACACCUCAGACCUGUGGCUGUCCUGCUCCCGUGUAACCGAAGGCUUGUCAGAUCCAUCACUGAUAGAGGCAUCAUGUCCUUUCGCUGUGAAAGGUGGCAUCACUCUAGGCCUGAAUUGGGUAUGUGGAGUGUUGUACAGCCUGUUAAACAUCUGCACCCAUGUCUGUCUGGGAUCCAGAGAGGCUCUUUCUCUAAUUAACAGCAUAUUUGCAGAGAAUUGUAUGAACAACGAGACUUUAAAUGCAGAGAGUUUCAUCGCUUCCACAUCUUUUCUCCAUCCAAAUGAGUCUUUUCCCUGGAUUUCUCUCGUUGACACUCAAACCACGAUGACACCACUGCUGCACUUUGUAAUGAACAGCAAAACAGUUCAAGAAAACAUCUUUACAACAUACAAAUCAUACCUGAAAAGCACAAUAAAAUGA